UCAGCCCCAUGCUCUGCAUUGAGCAUUUCCUCCUCCCCUUUGCACAAACUUCCUUCCAAGGAAAGGAACGUGAUGCUGCUGCCUUUCUUGCAGAGGAGCCUCUCCAGAGUUGGGCUACGAUGGCGGCACCGGACGACGGUCGAAGUCGCCAACGAACCCGUUUUGGCGUUUAUGUCCGGAAGCCCCGAGCGAACGGCGCUCCAGAAGGCGCUUGCGGACUUGAAGGGGAAGACCGAGGCCAUUCCUUGCGUCGUUGGCGAUGAAGAAGUUUGGACGUCUGACGUGAAAUAUCAAGUUUCGCCUUUCAACCAUGUGCACAAAGUGGCCAAGUACUGCUACGCCGAUAAGGAUUUGCUAAACAAGGCCAUCGAUGCCUCUCUGGCGGCGCGGCGGGAGUGGGACCUGCGUCCGGUCCAGGACCGUGCUCAGAUCUUUUUCAAGGCGGCUGACAUGUUGAGUGGACCCAGGAGGGCCGAAGUCCUGGCCAAGACCAUGGUGGGACAGGCGAAAACUGUCAUCCAAGCGGAGAUUGACGCGGCGGCCGAACUGAUCGACUUCUUCCGCUUUAACGCCAAGUACGCCGUGGAACUGGAGAACGAACAGCCGCUCAGCGUCCCCCCCAGCACCAACCGGAUGGUCUAUCGGGGCCUCGAGGGUUUCGUCGCCGCCGUCUCUCCCUUCAACUUCACCGCCAUCGGAGGCAACCUGGCGGGAGCUCCGGCUUUGAUGGGAAAUGUCGUUUUAUGGAAACCCAGUGACACUGCCAUCUUGGCCAGUUAUGCCGUCUACAAGAUCCUCCGGGAAGCCGGGCUCCCUCCCAACAUCGUCCAGUUCGUCCCGGCCGACGGGCCUGUUUUUGGCGACACAGUGACUGCCUCGGAGCACCUCGGCGGGAUCAACUUCACCGGAAGUGUGCCAACCUUCAAGCGCCUUUGGAAGCAGGUCUCCGAAAACCUGGAUCGGUACCGGACCUUUCCGCGGCUGGCUGGAGAGUGUGGUGGGAAGAACUUCCACUUCGUCCACGCCUCGGCCGAUGUCUCCAGCGUGGUCAGCGGCACCCUGCGCUCGGCCUUCGAGUACGGCGGGCAGAAGUGCUCGGCCUGCUCCCGCCUCUACGCCCCCGACUCCUUGUGGCCCCGCAUCAAAGCCGAACUCCUGGAGGAGCACCAGAAGAUCAAAGUGGGCGACCCGACUGAGGAUUUUGGGACCUUCUUUUCGGCCGUCAUCGACCACAAGUCUUUCGAGCGGAUCAAGAAGUGGCUCCGGCACGCGGAGACGUCGCCCAACCUCAGCAUCUUGGCCGGCGGCAGAUGCGAUGACAAAGUUGGGUACUUCGUCCAGCCAUGUAUCAUUGAGACCAAAGACCCCAAAGACCCCAUCAUGCAAGAGGAAAUCUUUGGCCCGGUCUUGUCCGUCUACGUCUAUCCGGAGAAGCAAUACCGAGAGAUCCUCCAACUCAUAGACAGCACUUCUCCCUAUGGCCUCACGGGGGCUGUCUUUGCCCAGGAGAAAUCCGUUGUUGCCGAAGCGUCGAAACUCCUGAGGAAUGCGGCUGGCAAUUUCUACAUCAACGACAAGUCGACUGGGUCCGUCGUGGCACAGCAGCCGUUUGGGGGAUCUCGCGCUUCCGGGACGAAUGACAAACCUGGCAGCCCUUACUAUGUUCUCCGCUGGACGUCCCCCCAAGCCGUCAAAGAGACCCACGCGCCUUUGGGGGAUUGGAGGUACCCCUACAUGCAAUGAAGGGACCCCACUUGUGCCUUCUGCCUCGGAGCCACAACCAAAAUGGCCAAGGGCCCAGAGCUGUGGAUCUGGCGCAACCCUCACCGACAUGAGGCUCAGAUGCAUUAGGAACUGGCAUCACGGAGUAGUCUAGAAGUGACCUUUUUGGGAUAUCUCAUUUGGGGAGAGUCCUCCGAAUGAGAACGGCUCUUUGGAGAGAAACAAAAACCGACAGUCCCACGACCGGAAGCAAAGUGCAAACGCGCCCAAUUUCGGACCCUGCCUCCUUCUGUCUGGACGCUGGGGCUCACAUUUCGAAAUAUAUACUACAACUCUAUUAGUUCCUAAAUUUUGUUAUAGACUUGAGCUCCCAGAAUGCGGGACUUCUGGGUGGUUAGCUCCAAAAAACCUGGAGGACUACAAUUUGGGAACUGCUCAGAUCAUCAUCCGUCCUCCUUUUUCCGUCCCAAAUCCUUCCUUUUCUUCUGCUUCUAUGCUGGGAAAAGGAAGAACCCAAUAUAUAUAAAUAUAGAUAUAUAGAUAUAUUUUGAAUAUAACAAAUUCAGACGCUCUUAACUUGAUCAGAUCCAACAGAUCGUCUCGCUCUGGAAUUGGGAAAGGAUAAGAAGCAAUGUGUGAAACGGGGUACCUUUUGUUGUUGUUGUUGUUGUUGUGUUGCAGAAGUGUGUGGCAAAUGCAUGAGAGAUUCCUAUCUAUUUUAAUGCCCCCAACGAAGGGGGCAUCGGGUGAGUGGACAGGUGCGGAUGCCGUUCUCGACCGGAUGGAUUUAAUUCUUGUUAGAUGACUAUUAAAAAUAUUAAUAAAAGGGCCAAACGAA